CCCAAAAAUGGAAAUUCUGACAUCAUGUCACCCUCAAGUUUCUCUGAAAAUGUUUGAGUUUCUUUCUUCUGUUCAGUACAACAACAGAAUACAUUUUAAAGAACGUUAUUAACCAAACAGUUGCCGGCAGCCAUUGACUUCCACUGUAUCGUUUUCAUACCAUGGAAGUCAGUUGCUACUGUCAACUGUUUAGUUACCAACUUUCUUUAAAAUAUUUUGUGUUUAACAGAAGAAAGAAACUUUGGAACAACUUGAGGAUUUUAGGGUGAGUAAAUUAUGACAGAAUUAAAUUUUUUGGGUGAUUUAUCCUCAAUUUAAGUUUUGUAUUAUAGAAAGCAUAUAGCAAUGAUGAGUAGUCCCUGUAUGUAAGGGAGUUGGUAGACUCCAGUCAGCGGACCUAUUAGAGCACACACACUAUGACGUUUACGCCGCCAUGUUUCCUGUUCUGUUCUGUAAGCGCAGUGGAAACAUGCGAUAAGACUGCAGUGUUGAAGGACAGCUGCUCGGAUGGUGUAUUCUAGCCAUUACAGAUCAUUUUAAUAAGUGCAUAUUACUGCGCUGUGUUUAAGGAAGGGUCUUGCCGUUGACUGUGUUUUGAAAGAUGUUUGGAAAAAGCCAGAACCUAAAAUAUAUAUUAAGUCUUGUACCUGGAAAAAAACGUCUCGGGACGUACAGAUUUUUGCCCUUGUUCUUCUGUAUCGGGGGCGUCAUGGAGUGGAUCAUGAUUAACGUGAGAAUAGGAAAAGAAACGUUUUAUGAUGUCUACAGAAGAAAACAAUCAGAGAGGGAAUACCAGCACAAGACUGAGGAGGGCUUUGUGCUCACAGAGUCUGAAGCCAAAUAAGAUCAUCAGAAAAUACUGGAAAUAAACGAUCACCACCAUAAAGAGACUGAAAACAAAACCACCUUGAGACUUUUGCACAUUAACACACUUUUGAUAUCAUUCAAAAAUGGGAAUUUUAUUACACAUCAGCUGUAGGGCAGCUGUGACAAUGACUGUGUGAUUAUGAGAUGCAGAAGGCUGCUAAUGUUUGUUUCUGUAAGGAAAAUGGCGAUUUUUGUAUUGUCUAAAAGUUUUUUCUGCAAUAAAAAUGUUUUGUGAUUUUAAGUAAUACACCGAAUAUUAUUUUAAUCAAAUGAAUGCAAAACUGAAGUAAUAAACAAUUACCCUUGUAU